AGCUUGGCUGUACUGUAUGUAACGCGUUUGCGUGGAGGAUGGCAGCACCCGGGAGCGUGGAAGAGAUGCGGACUCGCGUGGUUCUGGGCGAAUUCGGCGUUGGCAACGUCCACACAACAGAUUUUCCUGGGAAUUAUUCAGGAUACAAUGAUGCUUGGGAUAAGCAAAGAUUUGAAAAGAAUUUCAGAAUAGAUAUGAUCCAUAUGGAUGAAAGUACAUUGGAAUUUGACAUGGUAGGGAUUGAUGCAGCCAUUGCUAAUGCUUUCCGACGGAUCUUGCUUGCUGAGGUGCCAACUAUGGCUGUGGAAAAAGUCUUUGUAUACAACAACACCUCCAUUGUGCAGGAUGAAAUCCUAGCUCACCGUUUGGGAUUGAUUCCUAUUUGUGCAGAUCCUCGUCUCUUUGAGUACAAGAGUGAAGAAGAUGAAUGUGAUGAAAUUAACACAUUGCAGUUUCGGUUGAAAAUAAAAUGCAGCAAGAAUCUUCAGGCGGCUAGAGAAUCAUCUGAUCCUAAUGAGCUUUAUAUUAACCAUAAAGUUUACAGCAAACACAUGGAGUGGGUUCCACUAGGAUCUCAAGCUGACAACAUGAAUGCAAAUUUCCGACCUGUCCAUGAUGAUAUCCUCAUUGCUCAGUUGCGUCCUGGCCAAGAGAUCGAUGUACUUAUGCACUGCGUAAAGGGCAUUGGCAAAGAUCAUGCCAAAUUUUCUCCAGUUGCCACAGCCAGUUACCGUUUGUUGCCAGAAAUCACUUUAUUGCAGCCUGUUGAAGGGGAAGCAGCUGAGCGGCUGAAAAAGUGUUUUUCUUCUGGAGUUAUUGAGAUCGAGGAAAUCAAAGGAAAGAAAGUAGCAAGAGUGGCUAAUGCUCGAUUGGACACAUUCAGUAGAGAAAUUUUUCGUCAUGAUGACUUGAAAAACCUUGUACGUUUGGCUCGGGUACGAGAUCAUUACAUCUUCUCUGUAGAAUCCACAGGCAUCUUGCCUCCAGAUGUGCUGGUGAGUGAAGCAAUCAAAGUACUAAUGGGAAAAUGCCAGCGCUUCUUAGAGGAGCUAAAAUCCAUCCAGAAGAAAUAAAGUUGGGAACACUAAAGAUUCUUGUGGGGAAAUACCGCUAUCAAAAUCCCUAUGUCUGAUUUGAAGAGGAACAACUUUAAUCAAGAUUGCAUCAAUCUGUAAGACAAUGAGACUUCCGAGAUGUCAAUGAACAAUGGUUGCUGAACAGUUGUUACUGUUAUUUACACAACGUGGACACAACUAAAAUUCAGGAUAACGCAGUGCCUUGUGUAGGAUUUGUGGUCCGGCAAUGGUGGAUGCCAUUCUUUGAUAAGGCUUUGCAAUCACAUGCACAUGGAGACUCCUAGAGUGAACUGUACAAUUUCCUGUGUUAGUCUUAGUUUCCAUUACAACAGUGUUGUAGAAAUCUUACCGCUGUGUAGUGGAUCACCUAUUACAUACUACCUUUUUGCUGAUCUGGCACUAUAUACCAUGACAGUUUCACGAUCUGGCAUAGUUCCUAGAGUCAGCCAAAAAAUCCCCAAGUCAGUUAAUCUGUGCCUGCGCUGUAGUUUUCUGCGUCAAUAUCCAUGAAAAUACUUGAUUCUUUUAAGAAUUUUAAUCCUGCUAGCUGUCAUUAGUACAUUUAUGCAUAAUAUCAGUAUAUGCUGAUCUAAAAUAUUUAUUCCUAACAUUCUCUCAGUACAUUUAUUUUAAAAAGUUACUUUUUAGUUACUGGGACACAUGCCUCUCUUUAAAGGAGGGAAAUACCACCUUGAAUAUUCCUCUCAUCCUAAGUAUUCUCUUGAGAUUCCAACUGUUUCCAAAGUUAAGGUAGUACGUUUAAGCUACUUUCUGGCAAAACCCGAAUAUCCUUCCAGUUUAAUCCAUUAUUGAUACAGAAUUUCUAAUUGAAACAGGAGAAAAAUGCCUAUUGAUAAACUAGUUGAAUUAGAAAAAUUAAGCUGCAAGAAAUCUUCUCUUAAGAGGAAUAUUAUUGUGUAUCUUUGAAGUAUGCGAGCUAAGUACCUUUGGUAGCAUAUAACAUUAUGAAGAGUAGAAGGCACAGGACAUGAAUGGCUGUAGUUCCUUGUGCUACUUUGUCAUCAAAAUUUUUAUUUUUAAUUUAUUGAACUAUCCUAUUUCCAACCUCCCAAAACUGGAAUUGCCCAACUUUGAUAAGAAUGUCUAAUUUUUAGCCCAAACUUAAAAUAAUGUACCGCAUUUUUCGCACUCCAAGAUGCACUUUUUCUACCAAAAGUGGGUGGAAAUGUCUGUGCGUCUUAUAGAGCGAAUAUUGCGGAGGGAGGGAGAUCGCCGCCUGUCCCUGCUGCUGCCGUUUGCCACUGCUGUGGAACACUGGAGCCUUUGCUGCAGAGCAGCCGAUUGGCAGUUUGGAUCGGCCUCCCGGAAUACCACCGAUUAGCUGGUCUAGCUAAUCACCACUGAUGCCAAUUGCUGCCGCUAAUCAUCGCUGCUGAACAGCAGUGGCAAUGGUGAAUGGCAAAGGCGGUGAUCCCCACUGCCUAGGACAGCUGAUUGGCAGUGUUCCGGGAAGCUGAUCUGUCAACCAGCUGCUCGACAGUGAAGGCUCCAGCAUUCUCCAAUGACGGCACUAGCUCAGCUCAGUUGACCAGUGAUUGGCGCAAUGGAGCAUAGCCCUGUCAAGCCCCAUGUUGGGGCUGCGAUAACAUGCUGAAGCUGACCAGGCUGUUUAUUGUAAGGAUGUGAGCCAGAUGAAUAUCGGAUGGAUGCUGGGAUGCAGAGGCAGGUUUUUUUUUUCUUGUUUUCCUCCCAAAAGCUAGAUGUGUCUUAAGUUCUGGAGUGUCUUAUAGUGCAAAAAAUACAGUAUUUGACUAUAUUCAGUAAAGCAAGACAAAGCAUUCACACAAAAGCUUGAAGCAUUAAAGCAUCUGCAAGGUUUGCAGCCUAUGCUUACUGUUUGCGUAAAGUUUACUAAAGGUUUAUAUGAAAAUAUUUGUGCACGCACAGUCAAGCACAGUUUUGGGGUAGUUGACUGAGCCUUCCGGGAUGCAGCUGAUUGAAUGUGUUGAACAGGAGUGCUUCAGUCAGGGUAGCAUGUUUUGCAUUAAGUAUGCAAUUUUCAUAAUUGCAGUAUUUGACCCGGAGAGCAGCCAUGGUGGUGAUGUUCAAAAAAGGUGUGAAAAGAAUUAAUGCAAAGGAACAGCAAUGUUUGUAUAAAAUGAGACUUUUACUGACAUUGAUUUGGAGACAUCUUCAGAUACAACAUCUCUACAAAAAAACAAAAACAAAACCCCUCACUUGUUUUAAAUGCGUCUUUUACGGGCACAGUUAAUUGAAAUGUAAUUAAGACACAAUAAAUACAGUUAGGCAAGAUUCCAAAGCUAUUUAACAAAAUUUGGUUUAAAUAAAUGUUACGCUGAGAUCAGGAUUAUAAACAAAUCAGACUGGAGUCUGGCUAUUAGUGAGGAUCCAAAUAUCAAUAUUAAGACCUGUUUUCUGUCAUGUAACCAGAUGUGUAUACUACAAAGCCGCUUAAUUGAAAAACACCAUCCGGUUCUACCUGUAGUCAAGCUAUUACAGCAGCCACUAAGGAAAGCCCCUCUAUUUGAUACUAAUUCUUCAGACUGAAAAUUAAAAUCUGGCAAAUUUAUGGUCACAUUCUAUCGCUCUCUCGGACAAACACUUAAGACCUGGCUUGGAGGCAUUCUGUACCAUCAGACACUGAACCAAAUUAUCCAGAACUGUACUGCAUUCUACAUUCAGGGGCAGCGUUUCAGCAUGUUAUUUUAAACCAGUAUAAAAUAGUUCUGAAUUCCUUUUGUUUAGAAAAAUCUGACUUUUGACAGAUGAGGACUGAUUGCAGCUAGAAUACCUAUUUCAACAAUAUUUGUAGGGCAAAGAAGAGGAUGUUUAAGCUGAGGCUUCCUGAGGCUUGGUUGAAUUU